CCUCGGCCAUUGCGGUGUCUCCCUCGGUGCCAAUACCGCGGAUACAAAGCUCGCGAGUGUCAGUGCACGGAGCAUGUCAUAAGUUUUCACUUUCUACGGACACGCUGAACGAUGAUUACCGUAAAAUAUACACGGAUAUGUGCGACGGUGUGGAUGUUCUGCGCCGUGCUCAGCGCGGCUGCGGACACCGGCGACAACAACACCACAACCACAAAGACCAUCCGAACCACCAUCCUGCCCUCCCGUACAACCAGAACAGAGCUCAAGGUCUCCCGGAGUCUCAACCCUCUCACCACGGAGACCCUCAACGUGAGGACAAAGUCUGGGCACGUCACGCAACUUAUCGUCAAAAAGAAGGACUUGAAGUCGACGACGCACGCCAGUACCAGCACGCCGGCGCCCACCACCGUCUCUGUCAAGACGACCAUCCUCAACUCCACGGGGGAGGAGAGGAAUAAAACGGAGGGCAGAGAUCAGAGGAAACUUAAUUUCAUGGGAACUGUCAACAGCGACCUCGCCGGUUUCGAUUACUACGUGAAUCGUGACAAAGAGGAAAGUUUCAGUGAAGUAAAAGCGGAGUACGGGAAUUGGUCUCCGGUGUCCGUGUACCCCGAGUCCCACAUACAAGAGGAUGGAGGGAAACCGGACGUCGACCCAGAGACCGCUAGCUACUACCCCACAUAUGAUAACGACAAGAAGACAGAAAACAAAAAAGUUUACAUUACUUCUUCAAGUUUUCUCGAUUACGGUGGACGUGUCAAAAAUUACCGAUUCGAUCCGCAUAAUCCAAUAAUCAAAAACGACAGGAACCCAGUGUAUAUUGAAGUGGUUAGCACAAAAGUGUCUGAUGGUGAUGGUGAAAAUAUCAAAGUGCCCGACCCUGUGAUUGUGAAUUCAGACCCAACGUACAUUAAGAAAGCGAUAGAAAAGUACAACAACAAGCGAGGUAGGUCCAUUUUGUCUAUCGGCGACGAUGGAAUUCCGGAGAUACACGGCAUUAGAAUGCCCGACGACGAGUCCGACAAGAAGACCUGGCGCAACGCGCGAGUGGUCAACGGUGAGCUGGUUCCUUACCCCGAAGGUUAUACUCCUCCACGAGCGAUCCCCGAGGCAGACGUGUAUCCAGACAUAGCGGCCGCCGAGCCCUCGCAGAGCUUCGGCCCGUUUACCAAGGAGGACAACUUUAAGCACAAGGACGGGCCGUUCACUAAAUUUGACAACGUUAAGUUUGAGGCAGAUGACGCAAUUGGCUCUUAUACUAUUAAUAAUAGUCCAAAUUACGCGUACAAACAAAAAAAAGAUAGUCAUUAUCUGAAAUCCAACUACGGUCCCUUCACCAAGGCCGAUAAUUCGAAAGUGGCCAACUCCAAGCUUAUCGAAUACAUCAAGCAGAUCAACGAACAAGAAUCGAAACGCGACUACUUCAGCGGCCGCAGCUCGCGGGCGCACGGGGACUUGGAGUACGCGGAAAACCACAUUCAGAGAAGAAUGCUCCAACACCCCGGAGAUGUUAAUUUUCCCAACUCGAUAGCCUACACACCUAAAAAUUCUAAAUUAAGUUUCGACGAAAGAAAUCCCGUUUUACAAUACGCCCACCCCGAGCUCGGAGUGCAGCCGGCCAAGGCGACUCGCGACGGCCUCGACAACUACGACGCAUUGCCUAGGAAAGUGAAAUACUACACAAGCGUUCCAAAGAGCGCCCACCCCUAUCCCAUGGAGCCCAUCGGCUACACCCAGCAGCGAUCUCAGAGCAAAAUACCCUCCGGUAACAGAUACUAUGAGGACGAAUACAACAAGUUCUCUUACUAUGAACGCAAUCCCAGUCCGAAGUACCCCUACACUUACGGAUAUGUAAAACGAAUGCCCGAACCUUCUCUUUGGAAGAGAUUCACCGACUCCAUGAAGGAUACCAUAAACACCGCGAGUCAAACGAUGCAGUCGCUAACGCGGCCCAUAAUAGACCCCAUCGCCAAGGUCACCCAGCCCGUCUUCGAGCCAAUCGUUGAGGCGACCCAUAAAAUUUCUCACAACUUGGGCCUCUACCCGUCCAACUCAAUCCAAAGUCAAAGGUACGCGCAAGACAAAAUAGGCGUCGCCGCCGCGGCGGCCUCCGGUGCGCCAGCCAUGCUGCCCGCGCUGGGCCUGAUGGCGGGCGGUGCGGCGCUCGGCCUAGGCGCCGUCGCGAUGGGCAGGCUGCUCGAUGCCAACUUGAUGAGAAGCGCUGUCGGAGGCGACACGGACGAGGACGAUAUGGAAAAGGAACACAAGCGCGCCUUCAUGGGUGCACCCUUUGAUAUCGACAGACAAAUAUUAAGCACGCAAAAAUUCUUCGACGAUAACUACAAGAUGCCCAGCGAAAAUGUUUACGUGGUGAUGUCGCCCGAGAGCGGCGACGGCGGUCGGGCGAAGCGCGACCUACUGGGCUUCUUGAGCGCGCCGUAUGCGGCCCACGUGUCGCCCAGGCUGAGGCGCAGCGUAAAACGAGCUCUGUCGGAUGACAUGCCUGAGGACCUACAGCAGCUGGACGUGCCGCUCAGCCCCUCCGGAAUGACCGCGGCUGCCAUGGACCUUGUGCGCCACACCGACUGGCGCGACUCCCAAUGCGCCAAGUACACUUUCUGCAAAGUGCUCACCUCGCAACCCUCUGACUCCAUGUUCACCAUGGAGAAAAAGAUGGAAUCUCUACUAAAAAUGAUCUCGCGCGGCAACAGCGGCGGCGCGGCGGCGGUGGCGCACCAAUUGGGCGACGUGAUGGCCGCCAGCCGCGACCACGACUGCUCGAGGUUCCUCUGCGACCGCCACUGACACAAUACCAUCCACAGCACUGUCACUAGCAGACAUAGCUGCUACUUAAAUACAGUCGAGGAAAUUUAUUUACUAACCCUUUGGCUCUUAUAAUACAAAUAAGUCAAAUGCAGUAGCGAAUUUAUUUCUUUGUCUGGAAGCAGACAUCUCUGUGCAUUAUUUUUGAUAACGAACUUUUAAAUGCCAAAAAUGGCAAAUUAUUUCAGGUUGAAAAUGUAAACCUUAUGGAAUCCUGUGUGUGCAAAUUAUAGUCGAAUUAGAAUUAGGGUUUGUACGUACUGUUAGACAAUUUAAACAAACUCACUAAACAGGUGCACUGUAAAAAGUCUACCCAAGAAGAAACUAUUCAUUGAUUAAUAAUUAUUUAAUUUAUUUAAAUAUAUUUAAAAACCACGUUUUAUCAAUAUCUUUUCAAGAAAGAUAAGAAUUGUAAACAAAUUAAAUAUUUAACUUUCAGUUAACUGUUUAACUGUUAUAUUAUUGUGAGGUACACAUUAUAUACUAUCCUAGAAGUAAUAUACACGUACGCUUUGUGUUAGUAUGUAAGAUAUUCGUGUGAGUAGUGAUUUAUAUAGCGUAAGCAAUAUUUGCUGUAUUAUAUAUAAUAAGGACACAUAGUUGCUAUAUUAUUUAUACUUUGCCAGUUAAUUGAAGUAUGCUUUCAUUGUAAAGUACAAAAAGUUUAGUUACCUACAGUUAUACCUUCAUUAAAUUAGUGGUCAAACGUGGUUACUGCGUUAUGACGUCACAACACUAUUAAUGAUGGAACGAUUGAAAAAAUAUUUUUGAUUUGAUUUAAUAAUUACAAUAACCGUGGGUUUUCGAGGCAAACAACUCCGCGUAAAAGUAUUUAGUUUCAAACAGAUGUUUGUUUUAAUCAGGCAUUUUGGUAUCAGAAACCCGCGGCAAAUGAAAUUAAUCCAACCUUAGUUACAGUUUACAAUCAAAUGCUAUCUAUCUGUCCAUUAUUUAAAAGAACUUUUAAAUUGCAAGUUUUGAAAGAAUCUUUGAACAUUAUUAUGAAAAAAUAGAAACUUAAUUCAAAUGUUUAUAAAAUUCUUUGUAACUUUUGUAAUUUUAAAAUAUAUUCUAUUUUUUUUUAAUUCCAAUAAAUAAUUGAAGACAAUAAAUUAUAAUGAUAAUAAUAUUAAAAGUAUUUAUUUAAAUUAUUUGAUAGCGCGUGUAAGAUGUAAAUAUGCUUUGUGUAAAAUGUAAAUUAUUUAUUUAUUUUUAUGAAAUAAAACUUAUUAUU